AUGCCCGUUCGACACAUUUGUUUGAGCAAAUAUUUGAAAACUGCUGUGGAUGGUCUCCGUUCGUGCAAACCAAUCCGAAUUAAUCGGAUCCGGGCGCAUACGCUGGAUUUCGCCGUAACUCAGUUUUUCGCUUAUGUGAAAUUGUAUAAAAAAAGGACGGGUCCGGCGAUUUGUCGUAUGAACGGAUUGUUGUGCUACUGGAAAAAGUCGUGGGAUAUUCGCGCAGGCUGUAAUAAUAUUGGACGUAGGAUGAGCAGCGGCAAUAUUCCGUUGGAAGGUCGUACACGAUUGCCUGGCAAAGUACAAGACUGCAUUCAGGAUUGUGGAUUAAUUGUUGCGCACAUACAGUCGGCGUCACAUUCAAACGAAGUUGGUUCUUGCUAA